AUGAUUUGGUAUUCCCUGGAGAUGAUUCAACUACCGUCCGGCGCAGAGGAACCAUUCGCUUCUACCCAUACCUCCGUCCUCUCGAACCCACUAUUGGUAUCGAUCUUCAAGGAGGCUCCAAAGUCAGCGCUCCACCAAACGAAAUUACUCCUCUUAUCUCCACCCGCUGGCCGAGUUGAGGAAGUGAGCAGGCACAGAUCUGUCGACAUUGGCAGCGGUAUGGUCAUGUUCUGGGAGGAACUUCGCAUCCUCAUCAAGUACGCGUUGCCAGUCUUUGGAACUCAUCUCUUGGAAUAUUCUCUAGUCAUCGUUCCCGUGGUUUCUAUUGGACAGUUGUCUACCAACGCCCUUGCGGCAGUUAGCUUGGGAUCUAUGACCGCUAGUGUCACCGGCUUUACCGUUUUGCAAGGCUUCUCUGGCGUUCUCGACACCAUGCUCCCAUCCGCUUGGACUUCGCCUCAUCCCGAGUUAGUUGGUCUUUGGUCCCAACGUAUGACCGUGGUAAUGUCUGCGUCACUCAUUCCAAUGUUCUUGGUUUGGUUCAACGCAGAAACCAUCCUUCUGUCUCUUAGGCAAGAGCCAGAGGUAGCCCACCUGGCAUCAACUUACCUCCGUUGGGUUUCCUUAGGGCUGCCAGCCUAUGCGUUUAACUGUAUCAGCCGUCGCUAUUUUCAGUCACAAGGAUUGUUCGCAGUCCCCACCCGCAUUAUCUUUGUCGUAGCACCACUGAAUGCUUUCCUGAAUUAUAUCCUUGUUUGGGGUCCUAAACCCAUUCAGCUGGGUUUCAUUGGCGCUCCAAUUGCCACUGCGAUCUCGUUCAAUCUCGUGUCAGCCAUUUCGAUCAUUUAUGGUGUAUUCUUUGUCGACAGAGCGGCAUGGUGUCCUCCCUCGAGGAGAAUGUUCACAGGCUUGGGGCUGCUGAUCCAGUUAGGCUUGAGUGGCGUUGUUCAAACGGCGUCGGAGUGGUGGGCAUGGGAGUUGGUUGGGCUCGCCGCAUCUUUGCAUGGUCCCGCGUCACUUGCCACACAGUCAGUUCUACUAACUUCCUCAUCGACAACCUUCCAAGCGCCCUAUGCUUUGGGAGUGGCCACUUCUGUGCGAAUUGGUAACCUGCUCGGGGAACAAAAGGCCAUGCGGGCUGGAAUGGCGGCGAAGACCGCCAUCAUUGCUAUGUUCCUGGUGUUUCGCAACGUCUGGGGGUACCUUUUCAAUGACGAUCCAGAGGUCAUUACGUUGGUGGCGUCAAUGCUGCCUUUGGUAGCCCUCUUCCAGGUGUUUGAUGCCACCUCAGCGGUGACCGGAGGGAUUAUGAGAGCCAUGGGUAAACAGUUUACGGGAGCCUUGCUGAAUCUCAGCGCAUACUACCUCCUUGGUAUUCCCGUAGGCAUCUGGCUCGCUUUUUGGUGGGACAUGAAGCUACAUGGUUUAUGGAUCGGCCUGACUCUAUCGUUGGUGUAUUGCUCUGUGCUGGGCAUCAUCAUUUGCCUUCGGUCGGACUGGGACUAUGAGGUUAAGAAGGUCAUGAACAGGCUGAAGGCGGAAGCCAAAGCUCGCGAGGAGGAUACGCGCAUGCAUUGCGAUAGGCAUGGAUAUGAUGUGCCUGAGGUGUAG